AGGGACUGUUGAUGCAUUUCAGGUCAGAAUGGACACGAAUGCGCGUAAAAUCUGGCGGUUCAGCAUUGGCAGCAGAGAGCAGGAUGAAGGCCGAGAGAUCAGGAGGCUGAGGAGCAGGAAAAGGAAAUCGAUGCCGGACAUAUGCGACCACCACGAGUUCUCCUCCCUGCCUCCUGCCGUACCCAGUAGGCCCGUGGCAGAGUCAUCUUUAAGAAGACUUAGUGGAAAUGAAAUUACUUUCAAGGAAAAGCUAGGAACAUUCCUCCAGAAGUUUAAAACAGAUUUUUCCUCAUUAACUGUAAAAGCCCAAAGUUCCCAGAGAGUUGAACCAGAAAGAAGCCAGUCUACCAGUAGCUGCAGUAGCCCUCCACAAGGUUCAUUGCCGAACAAGAGGAAAAAGUCAGUAAAGACAAAAUCUACAUGUAGUACAUCAGGCUUGAAGACCCCUGUAUGGAAGAACAAGCCCAAUCCUUUGAGCAGAAGCUUAGAUCGUACAAGGUUAGAAGAAUUGUGUGGGAGUAGCAGGAGCUUGCCAACCAGGCCUAGUGGAUUUGGGGCUGAGGAACCUUUGUCAUCACCUAAUUACCUGUGGAAAAACAGAGGUCCCAGUGGCAGGUCUCUGUCACAAAGGGAGAAACACACAAUGAAUAACAAUUACUUGCAGGAACACUGUUCAAAUCCAAGUGAAAAGGAAAAAAUUAGUGCUAUAACUUCCCAGCAGAAAUUCAAGUCGCCAAAUCAGAAACUAACAUGUAUCUCCAGCAAGGUGAAUAAUAAAGGAGUAAUCUCCAUGGAGUCUAUGUCAGAUGCUUUAGGACUGAUAGUGGCCACAGGUAUAUACACAGGGGUCAAAAACUUGUAUGAAAAGAUCUGGUAUCAAGAAGAAGCUGGUAUUCAUGGGUUGCAAAAUUACAUUGUUGAAGAUAUUAUGCAGUUAGGUGAGGCUGGUGAACAAGCCACACGUUUCCUUUUGGCUGAGAUGUCAUCCCAGCAUUUGAAACGCCUUGUUCAUGGUGCCGUGCUCAUAAUUUGUGAUAAUUUGCAGGAUGUGCAUUGAAUUGUUUAGAUAUGGAGGUUGGUCUAUUUUCUCUUUUCUAAUGUGAUACAGCCAUGAAUUCUGUAUUUUUGUGGUAUAAGGACUAGUAGUUUGCAAGCCUGAGCAAGCAUUGAAGACAAAAAGCAUAACCUCAAAUACACACAGAUUUCAGCCAUGUUCCGGAAAUGACAAUGAAAUAGUUUGUUUUUACGAGAAAUUCCUUUUGAUUAUGUCUUUCACACUCAUGUUUUAUGUAAAUGGUUAAGAGAAUCAUUCGCAGACUACCCCUGAUCACUUAUUACUUGUUUAAAGGGCAGACAGUGCAGGGGUUAUCUUUUAGUGCACACACUACUUUUUAAUGUAAUGAUUUGACAGUAUGAAAGUUCAGACAGUCAUUGGAUUUAAUUGCUUUCAUUUUUUGUUGACUUAAUAUUGCCUUGACUUCUAUCUGUAUGAAACAAAAGGUUUGAAUAAAAGAAAGAUAAUAAUAUUGUUUUUACUGUAAUUUCUUGAUAAAUGAAAGUGGAGUAGCUAAUUUGUUUAUUUAAUGCAAUUACUUUGGGAAGGAAGUUACUUUAGAGUUCUUCGCUAAAGUAUUACCCACCUUGUUAUUAGCUUGCCAGUUUAUACAUGAAAACUGAUUUCUAUAUGCUUCUCAUUUAUUAUUUUAUCUUAUUCAAACUAUAAUGUUUGGAUAUACAUGUAUAUCUAUUUUGAGAACUAACUUCAUUUUUUCACUGACAAAAGAAACCUACAUUAACGUAUCAGUAUUUUAUUUCAGAUAAAUAUCUGAAUGUAUUUUCCAGUGAUAUAAAGUUCAUAUAAAUAUAUAUGAAGGUUAAUCUGAAAGUUUUACCUUCAGAAAAUUGCAUUGCUUUUUUCAGUCUGUAUAGAAAUUGGUCAUUUGUCUUUCGGCAACUCUAUCCUUUGGGUUGCUUCAUCUGGAUUUAUGUUUGUUAUUUAUCUUCAGGUCCUGAGAAAAUAAAAAGUUACCAUUAUUAUGUGGUCUUUUGAUGCUUAGAUUUGGCUUAUGUGCGGUUUAUGAGAUCCUUGUUUGGUUUCUUUCUUGUUUUGAAGCCAAACAAGUUGUAGUGUCAUUGAUCCAAAAGUGAUUUUGGCUUGAUAAAAUGGUGGAGGGUUGGAGGCCAGAAAAAGCUUGUGGUGUUUGAGGAAUUGCAUACUCAGCGGUCUUGGUAUGGCUGCAGUUAGUAAGUGGGGAAGCUGCUGUUGUAUUUCCAGUUUGUUUCCCUUCUUUCCCAGAAUGCAGAGAUGCAGAGAUGACACUUUCUGUACAUUAUCUUUUGCAGUUGAUGUAACCGAUUUUAUUUGAUAGAUAGAUAUUUAUUUAAUACCAAUCAGUAGCCUAUUCUAGACAGGAAAAGAUGUAGAAUAUACUGACACAUGUUAAGGAAUCUUAUUCAAGACCAUAUGAAUACUGGAUCUGUUUUGGGUAUCAAAAAGGAUCUCUAUAUUAUUGAUUGGCCAAGGAAGCUAAUUUAAGAUAUGGUUUCUUGCCUAGUAUAUGCUGCAUUAUGUGAUAAUCUAGGAUCUAGUUUUAUUGAUUUUUUUCAGGUAUAUAUUAAGGGAGAAUGAUUUAAGAUAGGCAAAUUUUUAGGUUACACAUUCAUAUAAUCAUAAAUAUAAAUGAAUGAUAGAUGUAAGUUUCAAUGACAAAAGUUAUUUAAAACUUACUGAGGUAGUAUUUUAAAUGAGGAAUAAACUCCAUUAUGUUGCUGAUUAUAUCAAGGAAGGAAAUGCUGGCCAUGGGUAACUAGGAUAACCUUUUUUCUAAUAACUUGCACUGAAUAUCACUGGAUGCAUUAGUUUUAUGAAAAUACUUUAAAAUUAUCUAUAGCAGAUAUGCACAGUAAAAGUUUAUACAUAAAGAAUAAUUCAUUAUUUAUGAAUAAAACAAGGUUUCUUAUUUCAUAACAAAGUAUUAGUUAUCAAAAAAGUCUUAUAGAUGUUUACCCAUUGUUACUGGUAUGUGUAAUACCAACUGUAGUUUUCUUUUGUCAAUUAUGUUUACACAUAGAUGGGUCCACUAGGGCUUAGCUCUAUAACUAGCCCUAUGUGACAGUGACUGCACCUGAUUUACCCUUCUCUUGAGUUCUUAGGAUUUUUUUCUAAAGCUAUUAAUAUUGAUAUUGUUAUCAUAGGCAUUAUAAUGGUUAUAAUGUGAUUAACAAUACUAAUAGCGAUAAUACAAACUUAAAUAUUUACUUUCCAAAAAUCAAGAAGGGUAAACAUGAGAUAGGUAAGACUAGUAAGUAACUCCUUGCUGAUUACUCACUAUGUGUAAAGACAAUUAAUAUAUAAAAUGGAAGACCAGCAGUGGACAUGGCAUGUCUUUGGGUGUAUAAUUAUUAAUAGAAAAACAACUUUGUGGACAUGCCAAACUUCACAAUCAGUGACUUUUAAGGCUGUGAAGAGGAUAAACAAUUUCUUGUCUGAAAAAUAACUUUUUUCCCCAUUUGCUGUUGAAGUUUUUAAAAGGGAUAAUAUUGAAAAAUAUAUAUAAAAUCAUAUUUAUUUAUUUCUACACUUGUACAUUCUCUUACCCUAAUAUAAACAGCAAAUAUUAGUGAUGAAGGAGAAAAUAAAUGAUACAAUGUUGUUUUUCCUCAGCAGAUGUUAAAUUAAGCAAAGAUUCAAGGAAAUGUCAUGCACAGGAGAUCCAAAGACAAAAAUGUAAAUAAAAUUUUGUCUCCCUUUCCCACAUGCUUGACAUUCUGAGGGAAAAUAACAAAUGAGUUACUUUAAACCUACUUUCACAAAAGUAAUAAACAUCUUAGGCUAAUGUGUGUUAAAGGCAUCAUACAUUUGUGAGUGUCAAGACAUUGUACAGCUAUUGUGAGACAGGUCAGGAAAAUAGACAUUUCAGUUAACCCUAAUCUCCUAUCUCGGUUUAUGAUUAUUGUCACAGGGGGACUGAAGGAUGGGAAAAUGUAUCUAAUGUGUUAAUAUGUAAUUUAUAUGAUAUGACUCGUGUGUUGGGGCAUCACCUGACAUUUUGAUUAUUAAUCCGUAGUAAGGUGGAACUAUUAUUAUUUAAUUAUUUUGUCAGUUAAUCUGUUUAAAAGUUUUGGUCACUUUAUAUGGUGUUCCCACAAUACUGUUUUUUCUUGCUUUUAAAUCUAUUUUUCACUUAAAAGAAGGAAGAAGGAAGAUGUGUCUGCAUAUGUGAUGAAUGAGUUAGUUGAAAGAAAAAAAAAAUCCCAUAUCUUAUGAAAAUUUAUGAGAUCUGUGAGAUCUUUACAUGAGAUGAAUGUAUGGAUGACAAAAAAAAAAGUGUGAAAGCUCUCUGGGCUGUAUCAAUGAUAACUAAAUACAUUCUAGCAUAGUAUACCUUUAUACUAAAAAAAAAAA